UCCGCUCCGUCCAGUGGAGAGGCGUUUUGUCCUCUGCUCCUGGGUCCCUCAGGCAGCCACUCUCGUGGGCACACGCCCGGGAACUGCUUCUGCCCCGCACUCCCUCCCUCUGCCUUUCACUUCCCAGCUGCCAAGAUCUUGGAAGCUUUGAAGCGCAGCAAAGAAGGGAAAUCCAUUGAGAACAGUCUGUAAAGGUGGAUUUCCGUCAGAGCAGUAAAUCUUGGUGCAGAUCAAUUUUAGGUGUUUUCUAGAGGCUGGGAACUCCAAGAUCAAGACGCUGGCAGAUUCAUUGUCUGGUUAAAGGAACUGGCAGUGCUGGAAAUGGCAGUGCUCUGUGGCACCAAAGCCAGUGCCCUGCAGGGACCUACUCCAUAGUGACUUGGGAUUAGAUGAAGACACCAGGACACCAGGACCUCUGGCUAGAAGGUAUCCCAGGACUGCCUGCUUGCCAAGACCCUCUGUAAAACUCCAUGCACCCUGCUGUUGAGCGCUCUGAGGAGGUAACAGUAUUCAGAAAGAAUUCAAACCGUGAGGAAAUGUCAUUCAGAUUCGGCCAACAUCUCAUCAAGCCCUCUGUGGUGUUUCUCAAAACAGAACUGUCCUUCGCCCUGGUGAACAGGAAACCUGUGGUACCUGGACAUGUCCUCGUGUGUCCCCUCCGGCCAGUGGAGCGCUUCCGAGACCUGCAUCCCAAUGAAGUGGCCGACCUGUUCCUGGCAGCACAGAGAGUCGGGACGGCAGUGGAAAAGCAUUUCCAGGGCACCUCUCUCACCUUUUCCGUGCAGGAUGGCCCCGAAGCCGGACAAACUGUGAAGCAUGUUCACAUCCACGUUCUCCCAAGGAAGGCUGGAGACUUUCGCAGGAAUGACAGCGUCUAUGAUGAGUUUUCUUCUCCGAAGCUCCAGAAACAUGACAAAGAGAAGGAGGACUCCCCAGCCUUGUGGAGAUCGGAGGAGGAGAUGGCAGCCGAAGCCGCGGCGCUGCGGGGCUACUUUCAGUGACGCAGGCACCAAAGGAACUCAAACAAGUCCCAAGGCAUAAGGAAAUGGGGCUCGUGCUUUAGGACCCUGCGGCACUGAAACUGAAGCUAAGCAGACUUUAUUACAUCCUACAAUUCGACAGCCUUUUGCAAAGCAUCUUAUUAUGCUUGUGGAAGCAAUUGGGGUUAUGUUUCAAUCACAAUGACUGACAGGCUGCCUUCAAAACAACGGCACCCGUGGCCCUUCCACACUUCGUUGGCUAUGUACUUAGAAUAGAACCUUUUCUAAGUUGUCCCUUGGCCUGGAUGGAAAUAAAAUGAUAGUUAAAAUAUUUAGCUUGCAUGUUGGCUAACUUAAAAAUUGACAUUUGGGGUCCUCUGAAAGGCACGACUGAGGAUAGAUCAAAUCUCCUGUGCUUCCUGUUAACCAAAGGUUUGUUAAGGCUGAGAGAAGAUUUACAGAGUUUCCUUCGUGGUAGGUAAGAUAAUAGAGUAAGAAAUGUCCACCUUUUCCUCAGUUAUAUUCUCCUCCUGCCUUGGGUGCAGAGAGGCAGAUCUGAAAGAGCUUAAGAUGGCAAAAUUAGCUUCAGGAAACUAAUAAACAUGUAAUAUGCUGGCUAGUCACCGUUCUGGGCUGCUGGAGUGGUAAGAAUGUAAGGAAAAGAAUGGGGCAGCUCUCAAAAUUGGUUGAGGAAACAUGCCCCUUGCCCGUAACGGUCAAUUUCUUUAAGGAAGGAUGACAGAAGUAGGCUCUUUCUUUCCUCUAGUAGAUUAAUAAAACAGGGGAUUCGAGUUUAUAGAGGAAAAAGUAAAACACGCCAAGAGCACUGCUACAAAGAGCCCAGAGCAGGACUUCUCCUUUUCACAAAAAGCCUCCUUGAGAAUCUCUGUUGGCUUAUGAGCUACUCCCUGACCCCAGCACCAUCUCCAGCAUAUGGUGUGUUAGUUUCCUGUGACUGCUGUAACAAGUCACCACAAACUAGGUGGCUUAAAACAACAGAAAUGUGUCCUCUCCCGCUUCUGGAGGCCAGA